AUGCAGACGAGCUGCAAGCCAUGUCCGCCCGGGUACAUCUGUAGCCCAGGCGCAGUCGUGGACUAUGCGAGAGGGCGAGCGUAUGCAGUAGAGGGGCUCGAGGCGUGCGCCGAUCCUGACGUCGGGAUGCCGAGCUGGACGCAGGAGCUGGUCGGAGGGGCGGCCAGUCUGAUAGGCGGGGUAGCGCAUGGACGGGACGACAGCCUGUAUGUCAGCGUGAGCGUGUGGAACAAUAGCGGGGGCCAGGGAGGUCAGGGGAGAUACGAGGUCUACGUAACCAAGCACAGGGUGGACGGGACCGAAGUGUGGAGAAGGGAAGUAGCAGGAGGCGAAGGAAGCACCAUGGCGGAGGGGAUCGGAGUAGACGAGGCGGGGAGUGUGUACGUAGGCAUGCGGUGGGAGACAGGGUCCAGGGUAUGGAAGCUAGACAGUUGCGGACAUGAAGAGUGGUCAAGGGACCUGGGAGAGAUGAUGGCUGGGAGCCGGCUGGGGCUUGCUGGGGGGCAGGAUCACGUGUUUGUAUCUUGGCGGGGGGCGGGUGGAGGCUCAUGGGUGUAUAAGUACAGCGGGAACGGAAGCUUAGCCUGGGGCAGGAACGUAAGCGUGAGAGGGGAUGAAAGCAUCAGAGCAGUAGCAAGCGACGGUGCUGGAGGAGCAGUCGUAGUAGGCGAAGUGUACAACGGGUCUGCGGGAGCUGCACAGGAGCGGGAUGUCUAUGUCUACCAUGUCAACAAGACGGGGUCCAUUGAUUGGACGGAGGUACUGCAGUGGGCAGGAGAGCAGGUCGCCAGAGGAGUGACAACAGACAGGCUGGGGAGGACAAUAGUGGUAGGGUAUACAGGAUCGGUCGGGACCGGAGAAGGGAGCAGCGGUACAGGCAGUGACUUCAUAUCAGCAUCGCGGGUCAGGCUUGUAGGAGCGGAGUGGACAGGAGCGCUUGAGCAGAGGGACGCUUUUCUUGCCGUGGUUUCUGCAGAAGGCAAGGAGCGAUGGAGGGCCGUGGUGGGGUCGGAGUGGAACGAGGAAGGGGAGUCGGUGAGCACAGACGCGUACGGGGGCAUAUACCUCCUGGGGUACACGGACAUGCCAGCAGAGCAAGGGAGCAUACAGGCAGGGAGCUACAGCGCUUUCGUUAUGAAGCUGAACGCUUACGGAGAGCGGGGGUGGACGAGGGUCGUAGCAGGGGAGCGCAUGGGCGGAUUGGGAGGGAUCAUAGCCGAGGGGAGCAGCGGGCUGGAGGUAGCUGUCGUACUCAACACGAGCAACCAAGGACAGGGAGUCCAGGUGUCAGCUUUCUCGUCGUCAGCAGACUGCAGGGGAGUAGGAGACAUUGGCAGCCUCGUAUGUCCCUUGGGGCACUACUGUCCGGAAGGCAUGGAGAACCUUGAGGCCGGACGGUGUCCGCGGGGCACGUACGGAGGGCAGGAGGGGCUUGCAAAUGUGUCGCAGUGCACGAGCUGUCCUGCUGGGAUGUACUGCAACGAUACUGGUCUCGAUGGUCCUUCUGGUCUUUGUUCAGAAGGAUAUUUUUGUUCGCUUGGUUCUGCGGAUCAGUUCGCGCUUAGUUGUGAUAACAGAAUGUAUUUUUGCGCAGAUCUGAAUUGCACGUAUUUUCACUAUCAAGAAUUUCCUAUUUCUUGUGGAGGAAUUUGCUCAACUGGAAUGUAUUGUCCUGCUGGGACACAAGCAGAACAAGCUUGUCAAGCUGGAUAUUAUUGUGUUCCCAAUACGCGAAUAUCAGGACCUUGCGAUGCUGGUUAUUACUGUUCACUUCCUGGAGGCUCGUUCCGUGCUCCUGAUGGUUCCACUCAAGGAUUUGGACCUUGUCCAAUUGGUUUUUAUUGUCCAGCAGCAACUGUAGCUCCCAAACCCUGUCCGAUAGGAACGUUUUCAAACAAGACGAAACUGACGAAAAUUGACGAUUGCUACAACUGCCCACCAGGCUACUACUGUGACGAAUUCAACCUAACAACACCAAAAGCUUGUGAAGCUGGAUUCUUCUGCCUUGAAAACACUGACGUCCAGUAUCCCAACACCACAAUGUGUCCAAUUGGCAAUGAAUGUCCCGCAGGUCGGUUUUAUCCCAAACCAUGCAGUGCAGGUUACUACCAAGAUCAAGUAGGCCAGAGCGCCUGCAAGGUGUGUAAGCCUGGAUACUUCUGUCCCGGUACGCUCUCAGCCUCCGGACCAGACGGCACUGUCCUAUGUCCGUCGGGGUCCUACUGCCCUUCUGGAACCAGCGUUGCACAUCCUUGCAGCCCCGGGACGUACGGGCCUUCACCAGGGCUGGCCGCUUGCCAGGGGUGCCCGAGCGGGAAAGCAUGCGUACAGCCAGGGACCAUCCAACCGACGGUAUGUCCAGCAGGACACUACUGCGAGUCGAACUGCUCGUCGCCUACUCCGUGUCCCAUCGGCACAUACAGCAGCUCGCUCGGACUCGAGGCAGAGUCUGAGUGCCGCCUGUGUCCGGCGGGUCGGUACUGCGCCUCAGUAGGUAUUACACAGAGCACGGGGGAGUGCAUAGCGGGGAUAUUCUGCGAGGCAGGGGCGAAUGACUCGUCGACGCUCGUCGACGCGGAGUCGCCCUCAGGGCGGCGGAGAGUCAUACCGUGUCCAGCGGGGCACUACUGCAUAGCAGGGUCCGAGGCACCCUCGCCUUGUCCUCCAGGGACCUACUGUGCAGGCGGAGACUAUCUACCCGCUCCGUGCGAGCCCGGGACGUACAACCAGGAAGCGAUGCAGACGAGCUGCAAGCCAUGUCCGCCCGGGUACAUCUGUAGCCCAGGCGCAGUCGUGGACUAUGCGAGAGGGCGAGCGUAUGCAGUAGAGGGGCUCGAGGCGUGCGCCGAUCCUGACGUCGGGAUGCCGAGCUGGACGCAGGAGCUGGUCGGAGGGGCGGCCAGUCUGAUAGGCGGGGUAGCGCAUGGACGGGACGACAGCCGGUAUGUCAGCGUGAGCGUGUGGAACAAUAGCGGGGGCCAGGGAGGUCAGGGGGGAUACGAGGUCUACGUAACCAAGCACAGGGUGGACGGGACCGAAGUGUGGAGAAGGGAAGUAGCAGGAGGCGAAGGAAGCACCAUGGCGGAGGGGAUCGGAGUAGACGAGGCGGGGAGUGUGUACGUAGGCAUGCGGCUUGUAGGAGCGGAGUGGACAGGAGCGCUUGAGCAGAGGGACGCUUUUCUUGCCGUGGUUUCUGCAGAAGGCAAGGAGCGAUGGAGGGCCGUGGUGGGGUCGGAGUGGAACGAGGAAGGGGAGUCGGUGAGCACAGACGCGUACGGGGGCAUAUACCUCCUGGGGUACACGGACAUGCCAGCAGAGCAAGGGAGCAUACAGGCAGGGAGCUACAGCGCUUUCGUUAUGAAGCUGAACGCUUACGGCGAGCGGGGGUGGACGAGGGUCGUAGCAGGGGAGCGCAUGGGCGGAUUGGGAGGGAUCAUAGCCGAGGGGAGCAGCGGGCUGGAGGUAGCUGUCGUACUCAACACGAGCAACCAAGGACAGGGAGUCCAGGUGUCAGCUUUCUCGUCGUCAGCAGACUGCAGGGGAGUAGGAGACAUUGGCAGCCUCGUAUGUCCCUUGGGGCACUACUGUCCGGAAGGCAUGGAGAACCUUGAGGCCGGACGGUGUCCGCGGGGCACGUACGGAGGGCAGGAGGGGCUUGCAAAUGUGUCGCAGUGCACGAGCUGUCCUGCUGGGAUGUACUGCAACGAUACAGGGCUCACGGCUCCAAGCGGGCCUUGUAAAGCAGGAUGGUACUGUACCGGAGGGUCUGCGGACGAGCGAGCGCUAUCGUGCGAUCCACGGUCUCGGGUAUGUCAGAGCGGAGAGUGCAACCAAGAUAUAGCAAGAGUCAUGCCCAAUGGGACUUGCGGCGGGGAGUGUCCCUUGGGCUCCAUAUGCCCUACGGGCUCGUGGGAGCCCACAGAUUGCCCAGCAGGAAUGUACUGUGGUACAGCGGGGCUGCGACACCUGCCGACAGGACCUUGCGAUGCAGGGUACUACUGCCAAGGUGCUUUGGGCGGGCUUGGGGGCAGUACGCCAAGGCCCUGGGAGGGCCUCAGGGGUCGGGGACCAUGUCCGCAAGGGCACUACUGUCCAGCCGGGACCUUGCAGCCUAUAAGCUGUCCUCGGGGGACGUUCUCAGGGACUGUUGGAAACAGAAAUGUCAGCGAUUGUGAAGCUUGCCCAGCAGGAUACUUCUGCCCGAAUGCGUCGAUGCGAUAUGUUGACCUUGUUUAUUGCCAGGCGGGAUAUUUCUGCGGCUUUGGAGAGAUAGUUCCAAACCCACAAUCUAAAGCUUGCUAUGUUGGACAUGCGUGUCCUGAGAACUCCAUAGACCCAGAGCCGUGUCAUGCAGGUUACUACCAAGAUCAAGUAGGCCAGAGCGCCUGCAAGGUGUGUAAGCCUGGAUACUUCUGUCCCGGUACGCUCUCAGCCUCCGGACCAGACGGCACUGUCCUAUGUCCGUCGGGGUCCUACUGCCCUUCUGGAACCAGCGUUGCACAUCCUUGCAGCCCCGGGACGUACGGGCCUUCACCAGGGCUGGCCGCUUGCCAGGGGUGCCCGAGCGGGAAAGCAUGCGUACAGCCAGGGACCAUCACGCCGACGGUAUGUCCAGCAGGAUACUACUGCGAGUCGAACUGCUCGUCGCCUACUCCGUGUCCCAUCGGCACAUACAGCAGCUCGCUCGGACUCGAGGCAGAGUCUGAGUGCCGCCUGUGUCCGGCGGGUCGGUACUGCGCCUCAGUAGGUAUUACACAGAGCACGGGGGAGUGCAUAGCGGGGAUAUUCUGCGAGGCAGGGGCGAAUGACUCGUCGACGCUCGUCGACGCGGAGUCGCCCUCAGGGCGGCGGAGAGUCAUACCGUGUCCAGCGGGGCACUACUGCAUAGCAGGGUCCGAGGCACCCUCGCCUUGUCCUCCAGGGACCUACUGUGCAGGCGGAGACUAUCUACCCGCUCCGUGCGAGCCCGGGACGUACAACCAGGAAGCGAUGCAGACGAGCUGCAAGCCAUGUCCGCCCGGGUACAUCUGUAGCCCAGGCGCAGUCGUGGACUAUGCGAGAGGGCGAGCGUAUGCAGUAGAGGGGCUCGAGGCGUGCGCCGAUCCUGACGUCGGGAUGCCGAGCUGGACGCAGGAGCUGGUCGGAGGGGCGGCCAGUCUGAUAGGCGGGGUAGCGCAUGGACGGGACGACAGCCUGUAUGUCAGCGUGAGCGUGUGGAACAAUAGCGGGGGCCAGGGAGGUCAGGGGGGAUACGAGGUCUACGUAACCAAGCACAGGGUGGACGGGACCGAAGUGUGGAGAAGGGAAGUAGCAGGAGGCGAAGGAAGCACCAUGGCGGAGGGGAUCGGAGUAGACGAGGCGGGGAGUGUGUACGUAGGCAUGCGGUGGGAGACAGGGUCCAGGGUAUCGAGUCUCGCGGCCUCGACAGGAGGUAGCAUGUGGUCAAGGGACCUGGGAGAGAUGAUGGCUGGGAGCCGGCUGGGGCUUGCUGGGGGGCAGGAUCACGUGUUUGUAUCUUGGCGGGGGGCGGGUGGAGGCUCAUGGCUGUAUAAGUACAGCGGGAACGGAAGCUUAGCCUGGGGCAGGAACGUAAGCGUGAGAGGGGAUGAAAGCAUCAGAGCAGUAGCAAGCGACGGUGCUGGAGGAGCAGUCGUAGUAGGCGAAGUGUACAACGGGUCUGCGGGAGCUGCACAGGAGCGGGAUGUCUAUGUCUACCAUGUCAACAAGACGGGGUCCAUUGAUUGGACGGAGGUACUGCAGUGGGCAGGAGAGCAGGUCGCCAGAGGAGUGACAACAGACAGGCUGGGGAGGACAAUAGUGGUAGGGUAUACAGGAUCGGUCGGGACCGGAGAAGGGAGCAGCGGUACAGGCAGUGACUUCAUAUCAGCAUCGCGGGUCAGGCUUGUAGGAGCGGAGUGGACAGGAGCGCUUGAGCAGAGGGACGCUUUUCUUGCCGUGGUUUCUGCAGAAGGCAAGGAGCGAUGGAGGGCCGUGGUGGGGUCGGAGUGGAACGAGGAAGGGGAGUCGGUGAGCACAGACGCGUACGGGGGCAUAUACCUCCUGGGGUACACGGACAUGCCAGCAGAGCAAGGGAGCAUACAGGCAGGGAGCUACAGCGCUUUCGUUAUGAAGCUGAACGCUUACGGCGAGCGGGGGUGGACGAGGGUCGUAGCAGGGGAGCGCAUGGGCGGAUUGGGAGGGAUCAUAGCCGAGGGGAGCAGCGGGCUGGAGGUAGCUGUCGUACUCAACACGAGCAACCAAGGACAGGGAGUCCAGGUGUCAGCUUUCUCGUCGUCAGCAGACUGCAGGGGAGUAGGAGACAUUGGCAGCCUCGUAUGUCCCUUGGGGCACUACUGUCCGGAAGGCAUGGAGAACCUUGAGGCCGGACGGUGUCCGCGGGGCACGUACGGAGGGCAGGAGGGGCUUGCAAAUGUGUCGCAGUGCACGAGCUGUCCUGCUGGGAUGUACUGCAACGAUACAGGGCUCACGGCUCCAAGCGGGCCUUGUAAAGCAGGAUGGUACUGUACCGGAGGGUCUGCGGACGAGCGAGCGCUAUCGUGCGAUCCACGGUCUCGGGUAUGUCAGAGCGGAGAGUGCAACCAAGAUAUAGCAAGAGUCAUGCCCAAUGGGACUUGCGGCGGGGAGUGUCCCUUGGGCUCCAUAUGCCCUACGGGCUCGUGGGAGCCCACAGAUUGCCCAGCAGGAAUGUACUGUGGUACAGCGGGGCUGCGACACCUGCCGACAGGACCUUGCGAUGCAGGGUACUACUGCCAAGGUGCUUUGGGCGGGCUUGGGGGCAGUACGCCAAGGCCCUGGGAGGGCCUCAGGGGUCGGGGACCAUGUCCGCAAGGGCACUACUGUCCAGCCGGGACCUUGCAGCCUAUAAGCUGUCCUCGGGGGACGUUCUCAGGGACUGUUGGAAACAGAAAUGUCAGCGAUUGUGAAGCUUGCCCAGCAGGAUACUUUUGUCCUGAAGAAGCUCUGACGUUUGGAACUAAUUUUACCUGUCCUUACGGAUAUUACUGUCCUUUAGGCAUGUCGGUGGGAUUCGACCUUGCUUUCAUUUGUCCUGUGGGUCACUUCUGCGAUGGUCGAAAUGCAAUUCCUACCGCUUGUUGUUUGGGACAAUACCAAGAUCAAGUAGGCCAGAGCGCCUGUAAAGAGUGCCCUGAACGGUAUUACUGCCCUCCAAACACAUCCCAAUGGACGUCUGAAAAUAGAUUAAUACCUUGCCCAGCAGGAUUUUAUUGUGAAACACAGACAAUAGAACCAAAGCCAUGCAGAGCGGGGACGUACACAGACCAAUCAGGCCAAACAAAUUGCUUGGAUUGUCCAGCUGGAUUUGUAUGCAGCGACAUUGCGACCAUCCAACCGACGGUAUGUCCAGCAGGAUACUACUGCGAGUCGAACUGCUCGUCGCCUACUCCGUGUCCCAUCGGCACAUACAGCAGCUCGCUCGGACUCGAGGCAGAGUCUGAGUGCCGCCUGUGUCCGGCGGGUCGGUACUGCGCCUCAGUAGGUAUUACACAGAGCACGGGGGAGUGCAUAGCGGGGAUAUUCUGCGAGGCAGGGGCGAAUGACUCGUCGACGCUUGUCGACGUGGAGUCGCCCUCAGGGCGGCGGAGAGUCAUACCGUGUCCAGCGGGGCACUACUGCAUAGCAGGGUCCGAGGCACCCUCGCCUUGUCCUCCAGGGACCUACUGUGCAGGCGGAGACUCUCUACCCGCUCCAUGCGAGCCCGGGACGUACAACCAGGAAGCGAUGCAGACGAGCUGCAAGCCAUGUCCGCCCGGGUACAUCUGUAGCCCAGGCGCAGUCGUGGACUAUGCGAGAGGGCGAGCGUAUGCAGUAGAGGGGCUCGAGGCGUGCGCCGAUCCUGACGUCGGGAUGCCGAGCUGGACGCAGGAGCUGGUCGGAGGGGCGGCCAGUCUGAUAGGCGGGGUAGCGCAUGGACGGGACGACAGCCGGUAUGUCAGCGUGAGCGUGUGGAACAAUAGCGGGGGCCAGGGAGGUCAGGGGAGAUACGAGGUCUACGUAACCAAGCACAGGGUGGACGGGACCGAAGUGUGGAGAAGGGAAGUAGCAGGAGGCGAAGGAAGCACCAUGGCGGAGGGGAUCGGAGUAGACGAGGCGGGGAGUGUGUACGUAGGCAUGCGGUGGGAGACAGGGUCCAGGGUAUCGAGUCUUGCGGCCUCGACAGGAGGUAGCAUGUGGUCAAGGGACCUGGGAGAGAUGAUGGCUGGGAGCCGGCUGGGGCUUGCUGGGGGGCAGGAUCACGUGUUUGUAUCUUGGCGGGGGGCGGGUGGAGGCUCAUGGCUGUAUAAGUACAGCGGGAACGGAAGCUUAGCCUGGGGCAGGAGCGUAAGCGUGAGAGGGGAUGAAAGCAUCAGAGCAGUAGCAAGCGACGGUGCUGGAGGAGCAGUCGUAGUAGGCGAAGUGUACAACGGGUCUGCGGGAGCUGCACAGGAGCGGGAUGUCUAUGUCUACCAUGUCAACAAGACGGGGUCCAUUGAUUGGACGGAGGCUGGGGAGGACAAUAGUGAAGGCAAGGAGCGAUGGAGGGCCGUGGUGGGGUCGGAGUGGAACGAGGAAGGGGAGUCGGUGAGCACAGACGCGUACGGGGGCAUAUACCUCCUGGGGUACACGGACAUGCCAGCAGAGCAAGGGAGCAUACAGGCAGGGAGCUACAGCGCUUUCGUUAUGAAGCUGAACGCUUACGGAGAGCGGGGGUGGACGAGGGUCGUAGCAGGGGAGCGCAUGGGCGGAUUGGGAGGGAUCAUAGCCGAGGGGAGCAGCGGGCUGGAGGUAGCUGUCGUACUCAACACGAGCAACCAAGGACAGGGAGUCCAGGUGUCAGCUUUCUCGUCGUCAGCAGACUGCAGGGGAGUAGGAGACAUUGGCAGCCUCGUAUGUCCCUUGGGGCACUACUGUCCGGAAGGCAUGGAGAACCUUGAGGCCGGACGGUGUCCGCGGGGCACGUACGGAGGGCAGGAGGGGCUUGCAAAUGUGUCGCAGUGCACGAGCUGUCCUGCUGGGAUGUACUGCAACGAUACAGGGCUCACGGCUCCAAGCGGGCCUUGUAAAGCAGGAUGGUACUGUACCGGAGGGUCUGCGGACGAGCGAGCGCUAUCAUGCGGACAACGACUGUUUUCUUCGUUGUCAAAUGAGAUCAAUGGUCUUUGUGGAGGUCAAUGUAAGGUUGGGUUCUUUUGUCCAGUGGGCUCAUCAUAUCCACUUCCUUGCUUGGCUGGAUCGUAUUGUAACAUGGAUGGCCUUGCAGCUGUCUCGGGUGGCUGUGACGCUGGUUACUAUUGCUCAUUAUCGGGAGGAUUCGAAGCACGGCCGAACGGAACAAUUUCAGGCUUCGGUCCCUGCCCACCGGGAUUCUACUGUCCGGUCGGAACUGUACAACCAACCAGUUGUCCGCCAGGAACAUUUUCUGGGGUUGUGCUGAGCCAAACUGUAAAUGAUUGCCAAAGCUGCUCGGCAGGAUACUUCUGUCCUACAGAGAACACUAGCAUACCACAAACUUGCCCAGCAGGAUUCUACUGUCCAUCUGGAACGAUUAAUCCACGUAAAAAUGAGUGUCCGAUUGGCAGUGAAUGUCCCGCAGGUCGGUUUUAUCCCAAACCAUGCAGUGCAGGUUACUACCAAGAUCAAGUAGGCCAGAGCGCCUGCAAGGUGUGUAAGCCUGGAUACUUCUGUCCCGGUACGCUCUCAGCCUCCGGACCAGACGGCACUGUCCUAUGUCCGUCGGGGUCCUACUGCCCUUCUGGAACCAGCGUUGCACAUCCUUGCAGCCCCGGGACGUACGGGCCUUCACCAGGGCUGGCCGCUUGCCAGGGGUGCCCGAGCGGGAAAGCAUGCGUACAGCCAGGGACCAUCCAACCGACGGUAUGUCCAGCAGGAUACUACUGCGAGUCGAACUGCUCGUCGCCUACUCCGUGUCCCAUCGGCACAUACAGCAGCUCGCUCGGACUCGAGGCAGAGUCUGAGUGCCGCCUGUGUCCGGCGGGUCGGUACUGCGCCUCAGUAGGUAUUACACAGAGCACGGGGGAGUGCAUAGCGGGGAUAUUCUGCGAGGCAGGGGCGAAUGACUCGUCGACGCUUGUCGACGCGGAGUCGCCCUCAGGGCGGCGGAGAGUAAUACCGUGUCCAGCGGGGCACUACUGCAUAGCAGGGUCCGAGGCACCCUCGCCUUGUCCUCCAGGGACCUACUGUGCAGGCGGAGACUCUCUACCCGCUCCAUGCGAGCCCGGGACGUACAACCAGGAAGCGAUGCAGACGAGCUGCAAGCCAUGUCCGCCCGGGUACAUCUGUAGCCCAGGCGCAGUCGUGGACUAUGCGAGAGGGCGAGCGUAUGCAGUAGAGGGGCUCGAGGCGUGCGCCGAUCCUGACGUCGGGAUGCCGAGCUGGACGCAGGAGCUGGUCGGAGGGGCGGCCAGUCUGAUAGGCGGGGUAGCGCAUGGACGGGACGACAGCCUGUAUGUCAGCGUGAGCGUGUGGAACAAUAGCGGGGGCCAGGGAGGUCAGGGGGGAUACGAGGUCUACGUAACCAAGCACAGGGUGGACGGGACCGAAGUGUGGAGAAGGGAAGUAGCAGGAGGCGAAGGAAGCACCAUGGCGGAGGGGAUCGGAGUAGACGAGGCGGGGAGUGUGUACGUAGGCAUGCGGUGGGAGACAGGGUCCAGGGUAUCGAGUCUCGCGGCCUCGACAGGAGGUAGCAUGUGGUCAAGGGACCUGGGAGAGAUGAUGGCUGGGAGCCGGCUGGGGCUUGCUGGGGGGCAGGAUCACGUGUUUGUAUCUUGGCGGGGGGCGGGUGGAGGCUCAUGGCUGUAUAAGUACAGCGGGAACGGAAGCUUAGCCUGGGGCAGGAACGUAAGCGUGAGAGGGGAUGAAAGCAUCAGAGCAGUAGCAAGCGACGGUGCUGGAGGAGCAGUCGUAGUAGGCGAAGUGUACAACGGGUCUGCGGGAGCUGCACAGGAGCGGGAUGUCUAUGUCUACCAUGUCAACAAGACGGGGUCCAUUGAUUGGACGGAGGUACUGCAGUGGGCAGGAGAGCAGGUCGCCAGAGGAGUGACAACAGACAGGCUGGGGAGGACAAUAGUGGUAGGGUAUACAGGAUCGGUCGGGACCGGAGAAGGGAGCAGCGGUACAGGCAGUGACUUCAUAUCAGCAUCGCGGGUCAGGCUUGUAGGAGCGGAGUGGACAGGAGCGCUUGAGCAGAGGGACGCUUUUCUUGCCGUGGUUUCUGCAGAAGGCAAGGAGCGAUGGAGGGCCGUGGUGGGGUCGGAGUGGAACGAGGAAGGGGAGUCGGUGAGCACAGACGCGUACGGGGGCAUAUACCUCCUGGGGUACACGGACAUGCCAGCAGAGCAAGGGAGCAUACAGGCAGGGAGCUACAGCGCUUUCGUUAUGAAGCUGAACGCUUACGGCGAGCGGGGGUGGACGAGGGUCGUAGCAGGGGAGCGCAUGGGCGGAUUGGGAGGGAUCAUAGCCGAGGGGAGCAGCGGGCUAGAGGUAGCUGUCGUACUCAACACGAGCAACCAAGGACAGGGAGUCCAGGUGUCAGCUUUCUCGUCGUCAGCAGACUGCAGGGGAGUAGGAGACAUUGGCAGCCUCGUAUGUCCCUUGGGGCACUACUGUCCGGAAGGCAUGGAGAACCUUGAGGCCGGACGGUGUCCGCGGGGCACGUACGGAGGGCAGGAGGGGCUUGCAAAUGUGUCGCAGUGCACGAGCUGUCCUGCUGGGAUGUACUGCAACGAUACAGGGCUCACGGCUCCAAGCGGGCCUUGUAAAGCAGGAUGGUACUGUACCGGAGGGUCUGCGGACGAGCGAGCGCUAUCAUGCGAUCCACGGUCUCGGGUAUGUCAGAGCGGAGAGUGCAACCAAGAUAUAGCAAGAGUCAUGCCCAAUGGGACUUGCGGCGGGGAGUGUCCCUUGGGCUCCAUAUGCCCUACGGGCUCGUGGGAGCCCACAGAUUGCCCAGCAGGAAUGUACUGUGGUACAGCGGCGCUGGUUACUAUUGCUCAUUAUCGGGAGGAUUCGAAGCACGGCCGAACGGAACAAUUUCAGGCUUCGGUCCCUGCCCACCGGGAUUCUACUGUCCGGUCGGAACUGUACAACCAACCAGUUGUCCGCCAGGAACAUUUUCUGGGGUUGUGCUGA